UCCCCGGACUUCCUGUUGAAUCCAGUGUCUGCUGGAGGGGAUGAAGAUCACAACACGACCAGAGACCAGGAACACAGGAACACAGGAGCUCAGGAGCACAGUCCUCAACAUGAGCUGGAUUCCCUUCAAGAUCGGACAACCAAAGAAGCAGAUUGUCUCUAAAACGGUUGAAAGAGACUUCGAGCGAGAAUAUGACAAGCUCCAAAAGCUGGAGGAUCAGACGAAAAAGCUUCACAAGGACAUGAAGAAAAGCACUGAGGCUGAUUUAGCCAUGUCCAAAGCAGCAGUGAAGAUCUCUGCAGACCUGCUGAGUAACCCGCUGUGUGAGCAGGACCAGGCCUUCCUGGAUUCCAUGACCGCUUUAGAUACAGCUAUGAAAAGGAUGGACUCCUUCAACCAGGAGAAGGUCAUUCAGAUCCAGAAGACAGUUAUUGACCCUCUGAAAAAGUACAGUGGCGUCUUUCCCAGCCUCAACAUGGCAGUGAAGCGCCGGGAACAGGCUCUGCAGGACUACAAACGGUUGCAAUCCAAAGUGGAGAAGUAUGAAGAGAAAGAAAAAACGGGGCCCGUUAUGGUCAAACUACAUCAGGCCAGAGAGGAGCUCCGACCGGUCAGGGACGACUUCGAGGCCAAGAACAAGCAGCUGCUGGACGAGAUGCCCAAGUUCUACUACAGCCGCAUCGACUACUUCCAGCCCAGCUUUGAGGCUCUCAUCAGGGCGCAGGUUGUCUAUUUCACAGAAAUGUACAACAUCUUCAGCGAGUUAACAGACCAGAUCGACCAGGCCGGGCUGACUGAUGAGCAGAGGGAGAGGGAGACCGAGGCCAAGCUCAGCGAGUUGCGUGCUCUGUCCAUUGUCGCCGACGACUGAGGGAGGAAAGCCCGAAAACCGGGAAGGGCUCCUUUCAUGCCUCUCUGAAUGGAUUGCAGUCUUUUCAGCCUCCUUUGAGCAGUUCAAAACAGACAGCAGUGGCUUUAACCUGAUUAUCAGAUUGUUUCCUUGCGGCCUCAUCCCCCCCCAUUCCUCUUUGCACUACACUCCCAUGUUUCAUUCUUCCUACAGAGACUCUCUGCAACUCAAAGCAGCUGAAAUGCCACAUUAACUAAGCCAUCAGCCAAGUGCAGCAUUAUAAGCCAAUAUGUUGUUUUUUUUUGUAGAGGAAUCAAACAGUUCUCGUCAGAACUAAUUAACAAGGUUACACUUCGGGGUUUCAGAGAUGUCUAUAAACAUUUGUUCAUAAAGCAGGAAAUGAGCAAGGAAAUGUUUUUAUUAGUCACAUUUGCAAUGUUACUAACACACUUUUUAUCACCCAAUUUUAAAAUGAAAAAAUACUACAUGUACUAUGUUUAUAUAUACUGUAGGUUACCGGCAAGAAAAUGUAAGUCUGUGUUUUGGCCUUUUGCUGGUUAUCUCUAAAUUUAGCUUUGUGCCAUGUUGUGUGAGGGCUUUUUAUUGGGGUUUACAGGAUGAUAUUUGUAACAUCACCUGUGCAUUAAGUGCCUACUUUGUCCAGGCUGUGGAUGUAAAAUGAAAACUAUCGCAUGUGUAGUGAGAUUGUGUCCGUGCAGCGGUGUUGAAAGGUCGACCCCUCAGACUGCGGAGAGAACAAGUUGCUGUUGAAGUCUAAUCAAAAACAAAGGCUGGUGCUCCCUCUAGUGGACAAUACUAAUCAUGACAGUUCUUUAAAACAAACAAUCCAUCCUUUGUUGUAUUGUGGUUCAGUUUGUAAUUUAGCAACAGUACUCACACAUUGUUGGCACUCUUAAAGUCCUUUCUCUGUAACUGCUCAACCAGGGUUGGAAGCCUACUUUUUUAUUUUUUUUUAGCUUUCCAUGAUUUUGGACCAAAUCAUAUUAAGUCAUUGCACUCCUUUGUUUCCACUUUCAUCAGGUUCUGUCUCAGUACGAUCGACACAUACUACAUGGUGAUGCACAUACACCGACUGUUCAAUAUCAUGUUAGUGGAUUUUUUAACAAGGUGUCGUACCAAGAAGUUGACUAUUUAUUUUCCGACGUAUUUUGAAAUUAUUGAAACAAAUGCUUAGUUGAUUGACUGUCUUUGAGUUCUGUCAUGUUUGACUUAAUGAAGGUUUUUCUAAAUUAUACAUUUUUAAGUGGUAGAAUUUUUUUUAGAGUGGGUUUAUAAUUUAGGUUUUUUUGAAUGCAUUAACACCAUAAUCUGUGAAAUAAAUUAACUGAGUUUAGCAA